AUGGAGGAUUUCUCAAUUAUCAAACAGCAAGACGAAAUAUUAAGAGAAAUCGAAGAGCGUCAGCCUAUGUUUACUCCAGUCCAAGAUUUUUCAAGCCUAGAAGUGGAAUAUGCCUCAAACUGGCUUCACAUUAACCUACAUAUGGAGUUUUUUGCCUAUUUUUGGUUUUUUCGAUCCUAUUUUUUGUCCUAUUUUUAUCGAAUUAUUUUUAUGGUUUAUUUAUUUUACCUAUUAUUUAAAUUAUUUAAGUAGUAAGCCAUAAAAGAAAAGCCAAAAAAGAAAGCUGAAAAUAUAAGGCUUAAAAAAAUAUUAAAAAAUGGGCAAGAAAAAAAAAUUUUCAUUGUAAACGUCAUAAAACAGCUUGCCUCAAAUCCUCCAUUCCAAGCAAAAAUCCCAGUAACUAUCACAUAGUAUCUUCAAUCAAAGUAUUCAGGAUUCAGAAGAACAAGAGGAGACGGCAAUUGUUUUUACAGAUCCUUCAUUUUCUCAUUAUUCGAGCAGCUAAUCCAAAACAAAUCACAUCUUUCUAACCCUGAUUCCCCUUACUCUCAAAUUUAUAGCGCGAUUAAACAAAAAGUUUUGGACUCUGGCGAUAUAUUAAAUGCUGCAGGAUUUUUGCCUAUUUGUUAUGAAGAUUUCAUCGAUAUGAUUUCAGCCAAACUGGAAAUGAUUCCUACAACUGAAAUUUCUCAGCUAGAAGAUGAUUUUAAGGACAAAAUAAUUGCUGAUACCUAUGUGAUGUAUAUAAGCCGCCCAAUCAAGACUGAAGCCAUAAAGUAAGGACGAGACAGAAGACACUCUGGGCUGGAGUCCAAAGCGGUUGAACCUCCCGCACGUGAGGUCUUAUGUGACUGUGUCAUCAAUAUGACUUUAAUAGCUUAACCUAUGUGAUGUAUACAAGAUUUAUAGUUUCAGCAUUUUUACGGCUUCAUGCCGACGAGUACUCUGGGUUUGUUGAAGGAUACCCCGAUAUAGUAAGUUUCUGCAAUUCAGAAGUAGACCCUAUGAAUAGAGAAUGCGAGCAAUUGCAAAUCAUAGCUAUGACUGAAGCAUUCCAAAUCAAAGCAGAAAUCGAGUACAUGGACAGAAAUGAUAGAACUGAAACUACUCUUAUGAGUUUCCCAUUCGAAUAUACUGGACCUGAUUUCAAAAUUCAUAUGCUUUAUAGGCCAGGUCAUUACGAUAUUCUUUAUCCUAAUAGAAGUUAA